AGGUUCAUCAGACUGAGGAUGAGGUUGAGGAGGAAGAGGAGGUUCAUCAGACUGAGGAUGAGGUUGAGGAGGAAGAGGAGGUUCAUCAGACUGAUGAUGAGGUUGAGGAGGAGGUUCAUCAAACUGAGAAUGAGGUUGAGGAGGAAGAGGAGGUUUCUCAAACUGAAGAAGAGGUAAAUGAGGAAUCAUCUCAGACUCAGGUGGAGGUACUGGAGAAGGAGGAGGUUAUUCAACAUGAUGAGGUGGCAGAUGAGGUUCCAAGUUCUGAAGAAGAGGCAGAGAUGGUUCCUCAGCCUGAAGAACCACUGGAGCACAUAGAGAAUGUCUCAGAGGAGUCUACAUCUGUGGAAGAACCUGAAGAUGAAAUAGAGGAGGCGGAUGCAGCAGCUGCUGAAGAACAAGCAGCAGAGGUUGUUGAGGAGGUUGUGGAAAUAACCCAAGAAGAAACGGAGGAUGUGACAGAAACUACUCCAGAAGAUGUGGUCCAAGAUGUUCCUGCACCUGCUGGAGAAGUCACAGUGUCAGCUGACAAUCCAGCACUCAAAGAAACUAUGAAAGGGAAGGAAACCCCCUCAGCUUCUGACACCAGAGAUUGGUCUCACAUUGAAGACACACUGCAGCUGGCCUCAGCUGAACCAUCACAGGCAUUUGUCGAUGCUCUGAAGAAGCUGCAGCAUAUCUACAGCACAGCGAUUAAACCCCUGGAGAUGGCCUACAAGUACAAUGAGCUCAGACAACACGAGGUGUCAGAUGCAGAGAUCACUUCAAAGCCCAUGGUCCUGUUUCUGGGUCCCUGGAGUGUUGGCAAGUCUUCCAUGAUCAAUUAUCUUCUGGGUCUCCAGGACAGUUCACAACUUUACACAGGGGCUGAGCCCACAACCUCAGAAUACACUGUACUAAUGCAUGGUGAGAAGGUUCGUACCAUUGAGGGCAUUGUAAUGGCCGCAGACAGUUCUCGCUCCUUCUCACCGCUGGAGAAGUUUGGUCAGGGUUUCCUAGAAAAGCUGGUCGGAAUUGAGAUGCCGCACAAACUGCUCGAGCGGGUUACUUUUGUGGACACACCGGGAAUCAUUGAGAACCGUAAGCAACAAGAGAGAGGGUACCCCUAUAGUGAUGUGUGCCAGUGGUUUAUUGACCGUGCCGACCUCAUCUUCCUGGUCUUUGACCCAACCAAACUGGAUGUGGGAUUAGAACUUGAAAUGCUGUUUAGACAGAUGAAGGGACGCGAGUCACAGAUCCGUAUAAUCCUCAACAAGGCUGACAGUCUGACAACUCAGGAUUUAAUGCGCGUCUACGGCGCCCUCUUCUGGAGCAUGGCACCCCUGAUCAACGUGACGGAGCCCCCAAGAGUCUACGUCAGCUCCUUCUGGCCACAGGACUACGCUCUUGACACCAACAGAGACCUCUUCAUGCGUGAGGAGAUCUCUCUGCUGGAGGACCUCAAUCAGGUUAUCGAGAACCGCUUGGAGAACAAGAUCGCCUUCAUCCGACAGCACGGGAUCCGCGUGCGCAUCCACACCCUCUUGGUCGACCGCUAUCUGCAGACGUACCAUGACAAGCUGGGCUGGUUCAGUGACCCCGACGAGGUCUUCCGGGAUAUUGUCAGUGACCCUGACAAGUUCUACAUCUUCAAGUCCAUCCUGGCCAAGACCAACGUGAGCAAGUUUGACUUGCCAGAACCGGAGGCGUACCGGGACUUCUUCGGAGUGAAUCCUCCAAGCGGCUUUAAACUGCUCUCCUCACACUGCAGCUGGUCGGGUGGAUGCCUAUUGGAGAAGAUUGAGAAGGCGAUCACAGAGGACCUGCCUGCUUUACUCAGUAACUUGGCAGAGAAGAAGCAAGCCAAAGCAGAGCCACCCGCAGAGACCAAGGAGAAACCCCAAAAUCCUUGGCGGAGACAGUGAUGGAGCGAGAGACUGAGAGUGUGGAUAACAGAUGGAUUUAAAGGAGGCUUUAAUUCCUACUAGUCAUAUUGCACUUAGGGCACCAAAGAAUUUAAUAAAUCGCUGCUGUCCUUCUGAAACCUUGUAUCUCCAAAUUCCGUGAUUUUCAUUUUUUGCCAUAGAUCAUUAUUAUUAGUUACCCUUUAUGGUUGUCGCUGGGUUUUGCAAACAUAUAACCGAUAAAAGGUAUUAAAAAGUAUUUGUCAACUUUGACAACACGGUAUUUUUUAUCAUUUUAAAAGUACUGCGUUUUUUCCGUUUCCCUUUCAAACAGUGAAUUUGGACAUACGAGUUUUCGGAAGGACGGUGAUGAUAUCGUUGUAUGGAUGGAUGGACUCCAAGGUGAGAGGAACAGGUUAUAAAUAAUACAUAGGAAAUAUUGCAAAAGAUUCGCAGCAAUGAGAAGUCUGUUUUUCUGUUAUUCUUACUUUUGUUGCUCUUAUUUAACUCAUCUUGCCAAACUCAUUUUAUUUAUUUAUAUUACAUGUAUCAAUAGUCCGUACAAAUACCACAUCCUUUAAUGUUAUUUAUUUUUCUUUUGAUUGUUGUUUUAAAAGUGUGAAUAUGACUUCAUUGUUUCAUCAUUAGUCCAUUUCUUCAGCUUCACUUGUUAAUUGAUCAUUUUACUCUGUACAGUUUACUAGCAAGGCAAUUUCUAGUGUCACUAUUGAGUUUGCUCACGUUACUGCAUGUUAAGCUAUGGUCACAUUAAAUUGUGUUUGUUUUCUCUUUUGGUUCACACAGUAUGACAAUGUAGCAUUUAACUGAAUAUCAGUGUCAAUAAAAUGAGACAUGACUAAAUAACUGAAUUGAUUGGGAGACUGAUAGAUGACUAGUCUUGCAAUGUGUUUUCAGCUGAAAUGGGCCUUUUUACACAUUUCUGGAGUUGAAGAGCUUGUAAAACCACUAGUUGAACGCGAGAUAACCCCAAAUGUCCACUAGAUGGCGUAAAAUAUUACCGUACCCGCUGCAAUAAAGAUUUAUCACACUUGUAAAUGAAGUACCCUUUGACAUCAUAAAAGGAGCUGUUUGUGUUAUCAUUAUCUCUUAUCAGGUUUCAGUGUGUAAAUGAAACACAACAGCAAGGUUUAUGUCCAUUUAUUUACGUAAGAAUAGAAUGUGUGGCCUACAGCAAUUAUAUAAACACUUCAUAAUAAAUAGAGCCAUAUCAUAUAGCAUGCCAAAUUGACAGCAUAUACUGUAUAAUAUUAUGUAAAAAUACGACAUCUUAUAACAUAUCAUAUCUCUUAUGCUAUUUUCAAUUCUUUAUGACUCGUAUAUAAGAUUUGUGAAUUUGUAAAAACAUCUGCAACAAAGCAUACAGUACUGCUGAUAAGUGUUAAAGUCAGAUUUGCAAUAAAUACAGUACUUCUAAAAGAACCCUACUAUUUUAUGAUCUGCACUGUCUUGGAGUUGAAAAAUGUGCACUAAGAAUUAAAGCCGUGCUUG